AUGGUCUGCUCGGGCGGACUCGACAGCGAGAUCCGCGUCUGGCGGGGGGGGGAGUGUCUGACAGUCCUCCAGGGGCACCAGGGCAGCGUGCUGUCGAUGGCGGUGCUGGACUCCGGCGAGCUCGUCUCCGGCUCGCAGGACGCGACGAUGCGCGUGUGGAACCGCGACGGCGAGUGCGUGCGCACCAUCACGGGGCACGGCGACACCGUGCGCGGACUCGCGGUGUGGCCCGGCGUCGGCCUGCUGUCCGCGUCGCACGACCAGACCGCGCGGCUCUGGGACGCCACCACGGGCGAAGCCCUCGUCACCUUCGCGGGCCACUCCGCCCUCGUGUACCGCGUUGACGUCCACCCGCCCACAGGGCUCGUGGCGACAGCCUCCGAGGACAACACGUGCAAGGUGUGGCGGGCGGACGGGACGUGCGUGCAGACGAUCGAGCACCCAGGCUGCGUGUGGGACGCCGCGUUCCUGCCCAACGGCGACCUCGCGACGGCGUGUAGCAACGGCAACACGUACCUUUGGUCCACGGACCCCUCGCGACGGGCGGCGGACGAGGUGCGCGCGGCGUUCGUGGCCGCGAUCGCGGAGCGGAAGGAGGCCGCGAAGGGCGGCGGUGGCGAGGACGGGGGGGGUCUCCCGGGGGGCCUCAACGUGGAGUCGGUGGAGUCGCUUCAGGCCCCGGGGGCGAAGGACGGCGCGACGAAAGUCGUCCGGCAGGACGGCGUGCUGAUGGCGUACGUGUGGUCGGCGGCGGCGGGGUCGUGGGAGUGCGUCGGGGAGGUGAUGGGCGGCCCGGGGGGCGGAGACAGCAACAUGGUUCCAUCGACGAAGGUGCACGGGGGCCGCGAAUGGGACUUCGUGUUCGACGUGGACGUGGCGGACGGCGCGCCGCCGCUGAAGCUGUGCAUGAACCGCGGGGACAACCCGUACGACGUCGCAGACAGGUUCCUGGGGGAGUAUAACCUGCCCGACACGUACCGACAGCAGGUGGUGGGGUUCAUUCUGCAAAACACCGGCGGGACGGACGCGAUGCCGAACCCGAUCGGGGCGAACCCGGACCCGAUCACCGGGAAGGGGUCGUACGUCCCGGGCGGCGCGGGGGGUGUCGGCAGCGGAGGGGGGGGACUCAAGUACUGCCCGAUGCGGACGUUCCUCUCCAUCGACAACGCGCCGAACGCGGAGGGCAUGGAGAAGAAGCUGCGCGAGUUCUGCGCCGCGUCCCCAGGAACAGUCAGCCCAGCGCAGGAGGCCGCUCUCGCCGACCUCACGGCUCGUGCGGGGCAGUACGUCGCCUCGCCGGCCUCGCCUGGGCAAACGCUCUCCGCGGAGGAGGCCGGCGCGCUCGGCGCGGCGAUGGCGUGGCCGCCGCAGCGGGUCUUCCCCGCGCUCGACCUCCUCCGGUGCGUCGCGCGGCCUCCGGCGAACGCCGGAGCCGUCGCGCACGUGUUGCCGCAGAUCCAGGACGCGAUAGCGGCCGUGAUGGCCUCGGACGCGACCGCGGCGAAGCUGACCGCCGCGAAGGCCCUCUGCGCGAUGUUCCACCACGCCCCCCUGCGCCCCUGGUUGGUGGGAAACCAGGGGGCUUUUGUGGGCGGUUUCGCCGCGUGCGCCACGGCCGACGCGAAGCCCGCGCUGCGCCUGGCGGUCGCGACGCUGCUGCUCAACUUCGCGGCCGCGAUGGCCUCGAGCGGCGCGGGCUCUGCGUCCGCGGCGGCGGAAGUCGAGUCGCAAGGCAUCUCGGCAGUUAUUGAAUUGCUAAAUGCCUGCCCGCCGGACGACCAGGACUCGCGGUUCCGCGGUCUGGUCGCGCUGGGGACGUUCGCGGGCCUGAGCGACGGCGCGCGGGUGAUGGCUGAGGCCAUGGGGGCCCUGGACGCCUGUCAGGACGCCGAGAGGGUCCCGGGGUGUCAAGAUCGCGUCAGGGAGGCUGCUGCGGAGGUGCGCGUGGUGGUCGGGAAGACCAGCGGCGGUUCGGCGCCGGCGGCGGCCGCGGCGCACCCGGACGACGACCUGUACGACUAG